AUUUACUAUAUAUUCAUAUGCAUGAAGAGUUAGAUAGAUAAUUGGAGAGAGAGAGAGAGAGAGAGAGAGAAGUUUUCAAUCUUCUAGGUGAAGUCCAGGGUUUGAUUUUCAAUUGUUUCUAUGUAGAAUAUUUUUCUUGUAUAGUUAAGUUCACUUCAAAUAGAAAGAAGAACAAGUAAAGUUGUGCAGUUUACAUAAGUCAUAAAAAAUUUGAUCAUAGGCGAUGCAUUUACUUUUUUCUUUCUUUGUUCCCUAUUUGUAAUUAUAUUCUAGGAAUGAUGGAGGAUAGUGAUGACACUGUAUGUUCCAAGAGAAGCCCUAAUUAUUCAGAAAAAAAUGAAGAAGAGGGCAAUAACAGCUCGAUCAAAUUGCCUAAGGAUGGAGGAAGUUCAAGCAACAGUAGUGUUGAAGUGGGCGAGAAGGUGAGGCCUUAUGUUCGAUCCAAGAUGGUUAGACUUCGUUGGACAACUGAUCUCCAUCGCCGUUUUGUUCAUGCUGUGGAAAGACUUGGUGGACAAGAAAGAGCAACACCCAAAUUAGUUCUUCGAUUGAUGGACAUAAAAGGACUCAACAUUGCUCAUGUCAAGAGCCAUCUGCAGAUGUAUAGAAGCAAGAAGAUUGAUGACCCAACACAAGGUGUUGCAAAUCAUCACAGGCUUUUUAUGGAAGGUGGAGAUCCAAACAUCUACAACUUGAAUGAACUCCCAAUGCUCCCAACCUUUAAUCAAAGAUUCAAUUCCACUUUUAGAUAUGGAGAUGCUUCAAGGAAUUGUCUACAAAGCACAGCUGAGAGGAUUUUUGGCAAUAAUCAUAGUAGGGCAGUUGAUCAAGAUUCCAUUACUGGGAUUCCUUCUUUCAUUAGUGAAAGAUCCACUUGGAGAAUAAACGAAAUGAAAAAGCUAACUCCAUUAUUCCAGAGAGCUGCAAAAGCUAAAGCAAGAUUGAGUCUUUUGAAAAGGAAGGCUAUAGAUUGUGACCUAAUUGACCUGAAUUUAUCUCUAGGAGUAAAGCAAAAGAAUAACAGCCACAAUCAUGACGAUGGGAGUACCAUAUCAUUGUCAUUAACCUCAGCAAUAUCUCCUUCAAGAUUGAAAGAAGAUGCUCAUUGUGCUACAAAAGAAAAUGCAAGAAGAGGGGCAAGUACUCUGGAUCUGACUCUAUGAAUGGGACAUGAUUCUAAGUGAGAUCUUGAGGUACUUGUUUCUGAUUAGAAUGCAUUUUGUUGAGAAUCUCUUAAUAUGUACCAUUUACCAAGGUAAUAUUACUAGUCCACAAUAGUAUUUGUUCUAGUAUCUUUGUCAAUACUCUCUUCGUUCCAUUUUAUUUUAAGCUAUUUUCUUACUAGUCUGUUUCAAGAAUCUUUGUCAAUACUUUGU